ACACAGCAUGACACAACAACGAAGAUGGCGUGUUGUGGAAACUGUUUUUGUUGCCAAUGUUGCUGUCGAGAAGGAGAGACGCGGACACCGGAGGAACUGACAAUCCUGGGAGAGAUCCGCGAAGAAGAAGAUGAGAUCCUACCCAGAAAAGACUACGAGAGUUUGGAUUAUGACCGCUGUAUCAACGAGCCCUAUGUGGAGGUUCUGGAGGGGAUGGACAACAAGAAAGCCAGAAAGUAUGAAGCGGUGCGGUGGCUGAUGGUGUUUGCUAUCGGCGUCACAGUCGGCCUGGUGGGCUUGUUUGUGGAUUUCUUCGUUCGUCUCUUCACCAAAGUCAAGUUGUCUUUGGUGGCUGAUUCUGUGGAGAAGUGCACAGAUAAAGGCUGCCUCGCUCUGUCUCUGCUGGAGCUCCUGUCCAUCAACAUGACCUUCAUCUUCAUCGCCAGUGUGCUCGUCCUCAUCGAGCCCGUAGCAGCAGGUUCGGGGAUCCCAGAAAUCAAAAGCUACCUGAACGGAGUAAAGAUUCCCGGAAUCGUCCGGCUAAGAACGUUUCUCUGCAAAGCUUCUGGAGUCCUGUUCAGUGUGGCCGGAGGUCUGUUUGUGGGGAAAGAAGGUCCGAUGAUUCACAGUGGAGCCAUCGUGGGAGCUGGUCUUCCUCAGUUUCAGAGCAUCACUUUCAAGAGGAUCCGGUUUGAUUUCCCGUACUUCCGCAGCGACAGGGACAAGCGGGACUUUGUGUCGGCGGGCGCUGCUGCCGGAGUCGCUGCCGCCUUUGGAGCUCCUAUUGGAGGAACCCUCUUCAGUCUGGAGGAGGGCUCGUCGUUCUGGAACCAGGCGCUCACCUGGAAAGUGCUCUUCUGCUCCAUGUCGGCGACUUUCACUCUCAACUUCUUCCGUUCAGGGAUCAACUUCAACAAGUGGGGCUCCUUCCAGCUGCCCGGUUUGCUCAACUUCGGAGAGUUCAAGUGCUCCGAUGGAGAUAAGAACUGCCACCUGUGGACGGUGGUGGACCUGGCCUUCUUUGUCCUGAUGGGGGUGGUGGGUGGCCUGCUGGGGGCGCUCUUCAACUGCUUGAACAAGAGUCUGUCCAAGUAUCGAAUCAAACACAUUCACCCCAAGGCCAAGUUCAUCAGGGUCCUAGAGAGUCUGCUUGUUUCCAUGGUGACAACAAUGGUGAUAUUUGCAGCGUCCCUGUUGUUGGGCGAGUGUCGUGACCUGUCCACACCGACGACCCAUAACAGCACACUGUCAGGGGUUGAAGACAUCAACUCGACCAUCCGCCAGUUCUUCUGCACCAACAAAACGUACAACGACAUGGCCACGCUGUUCUUCAACCCGCAGGAGGCGGCGAUCCACCAGCUCUUCCACCAGGACGGUACCUUCAGCCCUGUGACUCUGUCCGUCUUCUUCCUGCUCUACUUCCUGUUGGCGUGUUGGACGUAUGGUGUGUCUGUUCCCAGCGGCCUGUUCGUCCCCUCUCUGCUCUGUGGGGCCGCCUUUGGACGUCUGGUCGCCAACAUCCUCAAAGUGAAACUGGGGAUGGACAUCUACGCCGGGACCUUCGCCCUCAUCGGAGCCGCCUCCUUCCUUGGGGGCGUGGUCAGAAUGACCAUCAGUCUGACCGUCAUCCUCAUUGAAUCCACCAAUGAGAUCACAUACGGGCUGCCUAUCAUGAUUACUCUAAUGGUUGCAAAGUGGACCGGAGAUUUCUUCAAUAAGGGGAUCUAUGACAUCCACAUCCAGCUGAGAGGAGUUCCCCUGCUGGAGUGGGAGACGGAGGUCGAGAUGGACAAGCUGACAGCCAGCGACAUCAUGGAGACAAACCUGACCUACGUGUACCCCCACACCCGGGUCCAGUCUUUGGUCAGCAUCCUGCGGACCACCGUCUACCACGCCUUCCCCGUGGUCACCGAGAACCGGCAGAACGAGCGAGACUUCAUGAAGGGAAACAUCCUGGUCAGCAACAACAUCAGAUUCAAGAAAUCCAGCGUGAUGUCCCGCGCAGGAGAACAGCGGCGGCGCUGUCAGUCCAUGAAGUCGUACCCGUCCAGCGAGCUGAGAAACGUUUGUGACGAGCAGAACGCCGCUGCAGAGCCGGCAGAGGAGGGCGAGGACCUGCUGCAGCAGAUGUUAGAGAGGAGACACGCUCCCUAUCCAAACCUGUACCCGGACCAGUCCCCCAGCGAGGAGUGGACCAUGGAGGAGCGCUUCAGACCCCUCACCUUCCACGGCCUCAUCCUGCGCUCGCAGCUCGUCAACCUGCUCAUCAGAGGGGUCUGCUACACCGAGAGCCAGUCGAGCGCCACUCAGCCCAGGCUGUCCUUCGCAGAGAUGACCGAAGAUUACCCACGAUACCCUGACAUCCACGACUUGGACCUUGCCUUGCUAAACCCCCGCAUGAUAGUGGACGUCACCCCCUACAUGAACCCGUGUCCGUACACAGUGUCACCAAACACCCGCAUCUCCCAGGUGUUCAACCUGUUCAGGACCAUGGGCCUGAGACAUUUACCCGUGGUCAAUGCAGUCGGAGAGAUUGUCGGGAUCAUCACGAGACAUAAUUUAACCCACGAGUUCCUGGUGGCCAAACUGAGACAACACUACAUCACCAUCUGACUCAGACCGUGUUCCUGAGCCCUCGUCUGUGACCCGUCCUGUCAGCGCCCCGACCCCAUGGAGGCGUUCCCAAACCAAACGGCACAUUACCACACACACACACACACACACACACACACACACACACACACACACACACACACACACACACACACACACACUCUGUGGUACAGUAUGGAUCACAGGUCUCCAGUAAAGGAAACCGUUCAGUUUUAUUUCACUUACGGCUCAUGUUGUCAGCAUUCCUCUCGCCAGCGCUACAGAACUAGAUUUCACUUCACCACCUCGAUUUGUUUAGAAAAUGUUUUUAAAAGUCUUUAAUCUCCCCCAAACUCAUCAACUAAUUUACCUCUUGUCAAUUAGAGAACUGGUAACAACACUAGAGUCUUCUUCUUUUUUUUUUAAAUCAGCUGCAGAACGCUCAACAUGAUUCAGACUCAUUUAACAGAAUCUCUGCUCUGCGUUAUCUCCGUGGUUAUUUGCACACAUAAAGGUCAAACUUUGAGUUGACUGGAACAAAUUGUUCAGUUGUUCAAAGAGAUGAGGUGACCUCAUCGGCUUCUGCUUCUGCUGGUUCGAGACACAAGUACUACCUGAAAAACAGAGAGCCGCAGAGAAGCAGAAAGUCUGGGAGAGAAAGAGGAAUUAAAGGAAACAGACACCAGAAGUGUGUCAGGAAGGAGAUGUUUUAAUGCACCUUGAGUUUGAUAAUAGCGUCGUAAGGCCAUGGCAUUUGAUAAGAAAUACUCGCCAUCCUUCAGAGAUCAUGUUUCAGAUCUUUCCUUUAAUUUUUCACCUGUCUGUUGCCUUAAAGCUCAUUGCUCAUACAUUUACAGAAAUAACCCCAAAAUCAAUCUGCACACAAGCGUCAUUAAUGAGAGCACAAACUUUCAAAGCUGCUGUGUGUAUUUUAAGAUGUUAUCUGCAGGAAAGAUUCCUCCAGAGAUCAGAUAUUGAAGUUGUAAUAAUUUGUUUUUAUAAAUUUAACAGGAAAUUUAAAAAACAGGAAAUCUACUGCCGACACUAAUAUGUGUCCCUAGUCUGUCUACAAACCCCCCAAUGAUGAGAAAAGUCCAUCCUCUCCGUCUUUAGCCUGCUCCACUUUUCAGAAAAUGUGUGCUCAAACAGGCUGUUUGGAGAUUUUCCCUUCAUGACAUCACAAAGGGCAGUAACCCCUCCCCCAGGUGGGUGACACUCCCACAGCUAGGUGUUUGUUCUGCCCUCUGAGUCUGCCUUCUCACUGUAAACAAUAGGACAUGGAGCGAGAAAGCCUGAGACACCCAAGUCCUUCCAGAGAGGGGGCGUGGUCAGACAGAGCUCAUUUACAUAUUUAAAAGUACAGAAACAGCCUGUUCUGUGCAGGGCUGAAAUAGAGGGGUUUAUAGACAUGAUCAAAUACAGGAUCAGAGUGGAUUUAGAACAAGAAACUUCACACACAUGUUUUGAGGAGCUCUGAGACUUAUUUACACUGAGUUGAAGAGGAGGAGGAUAUGUGACCUUUGAACUAUGACCAAAGUGAAAUAUCACCUGUAAAGGUUUCCUUUCGACCUUCACAACAGAAUCUUUUAUUUGACUUAUUUUUAAUGACGCUUUAUCAUCGUUGUCACUGUAGCACUUUUAUUUUUGGACUGUUUGUCCUCAUGUUUUUAUUUUUGUGUGUUUAAGUAACUGGAGGAUCUGCACUAAACGCAGGCUGAAGUCCCUCACGGCCUGUGAAUAUAAAAACUAAACCUCA